GUUUAGAUUCUUCUCUUUACAAGUUCUUUUACCAAUCAUGGAGCUCGCACAAAAUUUUCAGAUGAAUGGCGGCACUGGUAAAACAAGUUAUUCUUCCAACUCAUUCAUUCAGAGAAAAGGUAUAGAUAUGACAAAGCCUAUAAUAGAAGAAGCCAUACUAGAUCUCAUCUCAGAGCAUUCAGCUGCCUCGCCAUCCAAUACUAGUCGAUGCCUGAACAUAGCAGAUAUGGGUUGUUCCUCUGGACCCAAUGCUCUACUGAUUGUCUCCUACAUUGUGGAGGUCCUUUACAGAAAAUUUAUUGUCCAAUGGGAUGGCGUGCACUGUGAUCAUUCCCAUCCUCAUCCUAAGAUUCUCGUGUUCCUUAAUGAUCUUCCUACCAAUGACUUCGCCACAACUUUCAAGUCGUUGAAAAGUUUUUAUGACAAACUCAAGGGAACCUGUAAAUUAGCUGGAAAUGAUGAUGGACCACAGCACCAACCAUGUUUUGUUGCAGGGCUUCCUGGCUCAUUUUAUGGCAGACUUCUUCCCGAUGACUCUCUCCAUUUUGUUCACUCUUCGUACAGUCUCCAUUGGUUGUCCAAGAUUCCUCAAGGUAUUGAGAAAUAUAACAAGGGGAACAUUUACAUGGCGAAAUCAAGCCCCGCAUAUGUAGUUGAAGCAUACAUGAAGCAGUUCAACACGGAUUUUACGAUGUUCCUAAAGAGUCGAUCCAAAGAAGUAGUAAAGGGUGGAAGAAUGGUGCUAACAUUCUUGGGCAGGAAUAAUGACGGAGAUCCUUCUAGCAAAGAGUGUUGUUACAUCUGGGAGCUAUUAGCAAAUGCACUCAAUUACAUGUUGACACAGGGAAAGCUUAAAGAGGAGAAUUUACAUUCAUUUAAUAUACCUCAUUAUAUACCAUCCUCUUCCGAGGUCAAGUCCAUCAUACAAAGUGAAGGGUCAUUUUUCAUUAGUCGACUCCAGACAUUUGAAGUGACUUGGGACGGUGAAGAAGAAGGAAUAGUUUGUGGCAAUGACGAUGAGCAGUUGUAUAGAAGCAGUAAUAAUGUAGCUAAUUGCAUUCGAGCUGCAACUGAACCCUUGCUAGUGAGUUACUUUGGAGAAGAUAUUAUGGAUGAAUUGUUUGACAAGUACAGGGAGAUAAUUGCAGCCCGCUUGUCUGAAGAUAAAAGUAAACACCACUGCAUAGUUAUCUCCAUGACAAGAGGGUGAUAAGAUAUUUAUUUUGUCUAUGCAUGUUUUGGUGUUUGUUUAUAUUACACGGUACUCAUCUGAGAUGGAUCAAUCCACCACAAGCAAAAAUGUAAAACUCAAAAAAUUGUUACUUUCUCCUCUUUUUCUACAAGAAAAAAAAAG